AUGGUGAGCUACGUUGAUGGGCCAGAGCAUUCGCCUCCCGUCGCCGGGCGACUCAUUGGCGGUCGCUACCUUCGCCUGCGAAAGAUCGGGACCGGGUCGCAGGGCGACGUAUGGGAGUGCGAGGACAUCCGCACGUCGCACCGCGUCGCAUGCAAGUCCUUCUCCCCGUCCACGCGACGAACCAAAUCCUCCGUGGCUGUACUCGAUAUAGACGCGGAGAUGCGCGCGCUACAAACCCUCGGCGGACAUCCGAACGUCGUACGCCUAAUAGACUUCUUCGUCGAUGCGACAGAAGUCCAUAUCAUAAUGGAGCUUGUACAGGGCGGGGAUUUGUGCACAGAGAUUUGCGAGAACGGGCCACUGCCGGAGCCGCUGGCUGCUACAGUGCUGCGGCAGCUCGCAUCCGCUGUCGCUUUCUGCCACGCAAACGGCGUCGUGCAUCGCGAUAUCAAGCCCGAGAACGUGCUGCUGGUGCGGCCUGCGCAGGAGGAACCGGAGGAUUCGUGUUUGUCGACUCUCAGCUUUCUCACACCAGAGACGAGAGAAAACGCGUUGCUACGGAAAGGAGGCCUUCGCGGCGAGCAGGAAAAGAGUGCGAUCAUGGAUACGGCUCUGAGGAACAGGACGAAUAUUGCGGCACUCCUAUCGAGUACGAGCCCUGUCACGGAGCAGUCCUGCGCCGAUAUAACUCCGACCGUCGUUUCGCAGAAUUUGGCGGCUUUUGACCUCCAAUCACCGCCUCCACAAAGCAAGCCCCAAAGCAAUUCCCCCGCAGCAACUCCCAAAGCAAGCCAGGCUCGUCCGUCCGUGUUCUCGCGCUUCGGGAGGAUGAAGUUCCAGCAGGCCCUGGCGCAUCGGCUAGGCCACGUGGGCGCAGGGCGCGGGAUAGUCGGAGUGAAACUGGCGGAUUUCGCGCUGUCGACGACUGUGGAUGGCGGCAUGUCGGGGCAGAAGCACGGGCGCGGAGCGGGCACGCGCAUGUACAUGGCUCCUGAAAUGAAGGAGCGCGGCUCGGGACGGGGCUCAGGAGAGGGGAGAAGUGGAGUGACGGAAGCGGGUGUGAGGAAUGUGGUAGGAGGUGGAGAAGCGGGAGGAGGAAGAGAACAUUUUCGGUUUUAUGGGUGUAAGGCAGAUGUUUGGAGCCUAGGUGUGACUCUGUGCGUGAUUCUAACGGGCCUGAUACCGGUUUUCGACCAAUCAGGAUGCUUGGAUCUUGGUGACCCGGUCUGGAGACGGGUUUCGUGGGCAGCGAAGGAUCUGGUCCGUAAGAUGCUGCAGGUGGACCCGAAUCAACGGCUGAGCUCGUUCGAGGUGCUGGAGCACCCGUGGCUGAAUCAGAGGGCGGUUCGGAUGAGAGACAUUGCGACCCGGUGCCCGAACCUGCUCUCCCCGCUGCUUCCUGCUCCUGCUGUAAAGUCGCUGCGGGCUUGA